AUGGAGACAACUUUCACUACUAAUUAUUUUCAGAACCCGAUGCAGUUUGGGACUGGAUACUACCCCCAACAGAUUGCACAAAAUGCCGACUGCCUGCCGUCCCUGCGUUCGACCAUCAUGCAGUGUAAGGCUCUGGCGGACAUUUCUAACCGGAUGUACCCCGCACAGCACAGUCUUCCGGCCCCGCCACAAAGACAGCCCACGUUUUACUUCACUCAAGAUCAGCUGGACUACGUCCUUUUCGGAUUCUCUCAUUCCGGAUGUCGGGGAUCUCCCGCCCACGCUCUCAGCGGGCUCAAAGUAGGGGAGAUAAGUCAUGGAAUAGAGCGGAUUCUCUCCCAGCAAAGCGGUCUAUCUCCUCAGUGUUCUAUGAACUCCUGGAAGUUGUCCCGGACAGAUCCACCACCUCACGAACUUCCGGAAGACCUCUGCAUUUGCCCUACAACGUUUGCCGGGAUCAUUCACUAUGGGGUUUUUUGUCGGAAGGAAUCUAUUCUAAGGGGCAGAAAGUUUGGACCCUUUAAAGGGAAAGUCGUCAACACCAGCGAAAUCAAAACUUUCGAUGACAACAGUUUUAUGUGGGAGAUUUUCAAACACGGUAAACUAAGCCACUUCAUUGACGGCCGGGGGGCAACAGGGAAUUGGAUGUCUUAUGUGAACUGUGCGAGGUAUUCCGGAGAACAGAAUCUGGUCGUCGCUCAAGACGGAGAAACCAUCUACUAUGAAGUAUGUAAAGACAUUCCGAUGGGGACCGAAUUAUUGGUGUGGUACGGCGACAUGUACACUCAGUUCAUGGGCAUACCUGUCACACUACAGGGCAUUGGGGAGUAUGGCAACACCGCGCCAGAGCCUGAAAAUGCGGAAGGAUACCAGUGUGAGAGAUGUGGGAAGGUAUUCGCGUAUAAAUACUACAGAGACAAGCACCUUAAGUAUACAAAAUGCGUUGACCAAGGAAAUCGAAAGUUCCCGUGCCACUUAUGUGCAAGAUCUUUUGAGAAACGAGACCGUUUAAGAAUACACAUUCUCCACGUCCAUGAGAAACACCGUCCACACAAGUGUUCCGUCUGCGGCAAGAGUUUCAGUCAAAGCUCCAGUCUCAACAAACACAUGAGGGUUCACAGCGGGGAACGCCCCUAUAAGUGUGUUUACUGCAGCAAAUCUUUCACAGCCUCCAGCAUUCUCCGGACGCAUAUUAGACAACACUCGGGAGAGAGGCCUUUCAAGUGUAAAUUCUGUGGGAAAGCUUUCGCAUCACAUGCAGCACAUGACAGUCACGUGAGACGGACGCACGUGAAAGAAAAGAAUUUUCCCUGUAAAUACUGCGGAGCCGAGUUUAACCACCAACAAGAGUUAAAGGUUCAUUACAGGAAUCACCAUAAUGGUGCACACUCCAAUAUGACGUCAUGGCCUACCAUGGAUACGCCGAUCGCUGUUCCUCCACAUUUGUCCAUCUAGAGGCUCCUUCUAUAUCCGUUCUUCUCUCUUUUCUUGGCUGUGAACCAGAUUUAAGAAAUUAAUUUGUAUAGAAUAGUUUGAUAUACAUGUAUAUGCACUUUUAUUUUUUGGAUUAUACAUAAUUUAUAUGUUCCUUCUUUGUAUUGUAAAUACAGAUAUAUUUUUUUUCUUGCA